GAGCAGCUGUCUUCCCACCGCCACAUUCAGCUCGCGCCAGUCUCUAGUCACAGUCCGUUGGGGGAAGACACUCCGGUACGCGUCUCUGGCCUUCGCCACUCUGUCACGCCGGGACUUACUAACACUGCGUUGGACUUCAUAUCUAGGCCCAGAGGAUAAUGCGUUACUUGGAGUCUGUGACGCAGGAAACUACUACCAACGAAUAGUGAACACCUGUACACGAUUCGCUUAUUCACCUGGAAAUAGUAAAAACAACAGCAGCCUCAGUGUUAGUGGAGCGAAAGUGCUGCCGUCUUCAUCGAAUCAGCGGAGUGUAUGUUUUGGUUGUGAGUGGUGUGUCACGGCGGCAUCGCCCUGGAUGCGAGUGGUAGCAGGCGCGCCGUGAUGCCUGCCCUGUGUAUCGAGGAGUACGCCGCAGAACCCACUGUCACUUGCUACACAGCGGGACCCAUAUUCAAGAAGAUGAAGGUCCUCAAGAAGUUCAAGAGACGCAUGGGACUAGCGGGUCGGCAGUCAGGAACGUCUAACCUCCCGCCGCUGACCUUCCAUCCAGUCUGUGGGGAAAACGUUCGCAUCGCCAACGACGGCAGGGUCGCGCGGAGAACAGAGAGCUUCUGUAAAGGCAUCGCCUUCUCCAACCGGCCCAUCAGGAUCGGCGAGAGGGUAUGUCUGCGGCUCCUGGAGGUCAACAGCAACUGGUCUGGCGUCAUCCGUUUUGGUUUUACGUCACAGGACCCAGCCGGUCUGCGUGAUGCCCUACCUAAGUACGCCUGCCCAGACUUGACCAAUAAACCAGGCUAUUGGGCAAAGGCUCUAAGUGAACGCUUCGCUGAGCAGGGCAGCAUCCUAUUCUACUAUGCAGACUCCUCAGGCGAUGUCCACUUCGGUAUCAACGGUGAGGAGCGCGGCGUGUUCUUCAGUGGUGUGGACACGCGCUCGCAGCUAUGGGGACUCUUCGAUGUGUACGGCAACAGCACGGCGGUGGAGUUCCUGGAUCCGGAGUCGCAGCUCAACAACCGGGUCAGGAUAGUGAAUGACCUUAGUCCUGGAUCCUCCACGGCCAGCUCCCGGGUCGUGCCCCAAGCCGCGCUGCCUGCCCCACAGUCCCAGACUCAGCCCCCGGCCAGGCCUGACUCAGGCGUAGAGAGAUUGCAGCCCUCCAUGGCCCAGCUGGCACUCACACCCACGCCUCGUUCCCCAGACGCGCUCCCGCUGCGGCAUUACGCGCACACAGCCUUCACUCCGCUGCCCUUCCACCGCGUGCGGGGCCGCAAUGUCAGGUUGAACAAUGACCGCACCGUGGCAGCCCGCACCGAGACAGAGUAUUCCCAUGGAUAUGUGUUCACCGCCCGGCCGCUACGGCCCGGGGAGCGCCUAGUGGUGCAGGUGUUACAUGUGGAGGCUAUGUAUGUGGGCGCCCUGGCCUUCGGGCUGACAUCUGCCAACCCUGCGGGCCUUGAACCCUCAGAGUUGCCUGAGGACUGUGACCUGCUGCUGGACCGCCUCGAGUACUGGGUGGUGAGCAAGGACGUGGCGGCGUCCCCACAGCCUGCUGAUGAGCUGGCCUUCGCCCUCUCCCACCAAGGCGAGGUGACCUUCUCACGUAAUGGCGCCGCCCCUCAGGUCUUCAUGCACGUUGACCACACGCUGCAGCUUUGGGCCUUCUUCGAUGUGUACGGCAACACGAGCAAGAUCAGGAGUUUGGGUGUGACGCACGACCCGGCGCCCCCACAGCAGCCAGCCUCUAGCUCCCCUCCUCGGCGGCCAGAACCCGUGGGUCGGCCUGCACACCCACAGCUGUCACGGGCGUCCCCUCUGGUUGUCAGCCUCCCGCCCAGUCCACCCUCCCCACCUACCACCCACACCCACAACGCCUCUCCACCUCCCCCACUGCCGGCGCCACGAGAACCCAUCAGCGGGCACGGUACCAUGUCCUCGGUGUAUAGCGGAGCCUACAUGGAGCCUGUGUCCGCCUCCUCCACUCUCACCUCCAGGGGCGACCUGCCACCAGGCCCCGCCCUGCACGAGUGUACGGUGUGCUACGAGAAGCCAGUGGACUCGGUGCUGUACAUGUGCGGACACAUGUGUAUGUGUUACGAGUGUGCCCUGCAGCAGUGGCGGGGGCGGGGCGGGGGUCAGUGCCCCAUCUGCCGCGCUGUCAUCCGGGACGUGAUUCGCACGUACCGGUCAUGACGGGGCCCGCGCCUGCCCUCCUGUCCCUUGCCCCGCCCACCCUCACCCGCGGCCCAGCAGGCCUGUGGCGGGGGCGUCGGUGUGGGUGACCCGUGAUACCUGCUCAUACCAAAGGUGGUUGAUUACAGUGCCGAGCCUGGCGCCGGCCAGGGCCACGUUGUCUAGUCCCGCCCUGCCGCGCAUACCCCAGUAUGUGCCGCGCCCGUGUGUGUGUGCGUGUGUGUAUGUGUUUAUGUCUGCGCGUGCGGUGUGCCGCCGCACUUACCUCUGGUCUAAGUCAGCUGUGGUAGUGUGUACAUAGCGAGGCCGUGGGGACAGUCACACCCCCGCCCGCGGCCCUCCUCUGUCCCCCCUCUGUACAUAGCUCGCAGUAACUUAUGGGCCCAGCGCCCCCCCUUUGUAAGCCCUGUCAUUAUUUUAUACUUGGAUCAUAUGUGAAUGUUUUUAUAUUUCCAUCAUUGCAUUCAUUGGUCAUUGCUGUGGAGAACAAACUGGUGUCUGUCAUAAACAUCAUCACCAUUUAGGUAAAUCGAUAAUAAAAUAUUUUAAAGUAA